AUGCUGGAGGAACUCUCUGUGGAAACCUCCGGAAGUUACUUCAACUACAAGAACUUUCUUCCCCAACUCAACAAGCUGUAUGAUACGUUUCCACCAACUUCACCGGGCGGCGACUGGCGGGCUCUUGUUACCAGUUUUGUUCAGGUUUGGGACUCCUUUAAGCUAUUAUUCCUGGCCUAUCCUCCAUCAACUGGGGCCUGUCAGGAAUUUCAAAAUUUCAAAGUAAUCUUAGUGACACUACUGACGAUCCCAGUUCUGAUUUUAUCACAAGAUGAAAUAAGUGUUCCCGCAGCGAAGAGGCUUUCGACAACAUCUCAGUCUAGCCUGGCUUGCAGUGUAAUCAAGUCAGUUGCCAACUGCUCUAACCGAGGACUGCCAGACGUACCCACCACACUUCCGGCAACAAUAACCGUCCUUCUGAUGGACCAUAACAACUUGAAGAAUCUGACAUCGAAAAAAAUCGCUAGGUUUGAAAAUCUCACUCAUUUAGAUAUUUCUCAUAACAUAAUUAACCAAGUGGCGGAUGAUUCCUUUCAUGGCUUAACACAUCUCCAGUGUUUGCACAUGGAAGGGAAUGAUGUUCAGUGUCCUGGUCAGGCUCUGUCUGUUUUUCACUCACUGGAGGAACUCUGUUUAGAUGGAAGUCCCAAUAUGACAUUUGGUGAACAUUUUCAAAACUUGACGAAACUGACCUCUUUGAGUUUGUCCGGACAUGAAGGUCGGUGCAAUAUAACUAAUAUUUUCAACAACACCUUUGAAUAUGUUCCAUAUCUAAACAAAUUAGAUUUAUCAUUGUGCGGUUUAAAUAAUAUAGAAACUGGAGCAUUCUUGCCUUUAAAAAACAUUGAAGAACUGGACAUAUCGGAUAACGACAAUCUACUGUUCAAAAAUUUCCAAAGCGCUACGUAUGGACUGACAAACUCCUCAAUUCGAGUCCUGAAGGCAUACGCUAUCGUUGCUAAAGAGUGCAUCUGUAACAUACUAAAAGGUGAACACACACAGCAUUUGAAGACGACAAAAUUGGAAACAUUAUACUUUGAUCACAAUCGUGUAGAAUAUGUUAUGCCAGAAGCUUUAUCGAAUUUGCCACCUACGCUAUGGUACAUCUCUGCACGAUACAACAGCUUUUCAAACACCCCAUACUUCACAGAACUGUCAUGGAUAAAAGGUGUUACUCAUUUGUAUUUGGGAAAUGACGAGUCAAAACCGUUUCCAGUUAUACCAUUUCUACAGAAACCGAAACACGUGAACCCGGCUCAGUGCUCAAUGAAUACUAACACUGGUUGUCAGCCUUAUCGUAAACCAACACCUGAAUAUACUUCACACUUCUUAUGUCCCUCGCAUUAUGCCACAGACAAUGACAUACAGGUACCACCGCAUCUGCAGGUAUUGCACGUUACAUGCGCACAGAUGGAUUUUGACCUCACAUGGAUACAAGUGAGUCCUAACAACAUAACACGACUAAAGCUAAAUUGCAACUUGCUAGCAAAUUGGAUUGGUCCCGUGAAAGGUCUGGAACAACUGACAUAUCUUGACCUUUCCAACAAUAUAGCUAGAAAUACCUCGACAACUUUCUUCCGAAGCUUUCCAAAGCUUAAAGUACUCAAUAUUUCUUUUAACUUAAUUGGCUCUGUUAUGAACAUGGCAAAUAUGUCACACAUAUUUGAUGGAUUAACAUCUCUCGAGGUUCUGGAUAUGUCGUUAAAUGAUAUACAUGGUAUUCCAGAUAAUAUAUUUCAUGACUUGGUGUCUGUUAAGAUGGUAAAUCUCUCGAACAACGCAAUAUACCUGGACUUCCCUCUUAGGGUAGUUCACAUGAAAAAACUUCAGAUAUUGGAUCUUACAAAUAACAAGGUACGGUGGUUUUCUAAAGUACUAAUGACAGACUUAGACACAUUGGCUGAAUUUAAGAACAUAACAAUUCAUUUGAUACGGAACCCUAUUUCAUGCACUUGCAAUAAUUUAGACUUUCUCAAUUGGAUAUGGUCAUCGAAGGUCCAUUUCGUUGAAAUCGGCAAUUACACUUGUGCCUUUGGAAACAAGACGUUUAGUUCAAUGGGCGCGUUUAAAGAUGUUAUCACUACAUUGCAGAAGGAAUGCUCAAACAAUCUUACACUAAUCCUCGGCUCAGUGUUCGGUGGUAUACUUGCACUGGUCAUUGUGAGCGGAGCAACAGCGUACAGGUACCGGUGGAAUUUGCGCUACUGGUACUACGUUGCUAGACUGAGAUUAAGAAGUGAUUUGCUGCUGGAUGAGGAAUGUGAUUCGUUUACUUUUUCUGCUUUCGUUUCCCAUGCAGACGAAGAUGAAGAUUUUGUUGUGAACGAAAUGAUAAAUCGUCUCGAAACGGAAGAUUCUGGAUUAAAUCUUAACAUACAUAACCGAGAUUUCAUGCCUGGACAAGAAAUAGCAUCAAAUAUUUUGUCUGCAAUUCAAGGAAGCAAAAAGACUGUUGUUGUUUUGUCCAGACACUUCCUGGAAAGUUACUGGUGUAUGUACGAAUUGCAAAUGGCAAACAUGGAAAGCAUAAAAACUGGACGGGACGUUUUGAUCAUUAUCAUGUUUGAAGAUAUUUCAACAAGGAAAAUACCCAAGGAAGUCUUGUAUCAUCUGAAAACAGAUUCCUACAUUACGUAUCCCCAUAACAGAGACGAGGGUCAAAUUGAUCUGUUUUGGAGGCGACUUAUUGUAGCAAUUAAAAACACAUGA